AUGGAACCAGACUACGCUACUACCUGUGUCCAUGACAAAGGACAGAGUCUGCAGCGAAGUUCCGAAGCUAAGAGAGACAGAGUAGCCGCCGUAGCUCCAGGGAAAGAGGGGUGUUUUGAUGACAGUUCUAUACCCCAAAACCUUUCAACGCCAAAAUCUAUUGAGAGGAUUUCAUUUUCUGGGAAGCAAAUUCCGCAGAGACUUUCUGUUGUGUCACAGUAUGUUUCGGAUGAUACGGAAAAGCGUUCAAAAUAUAGAAAACAUACUGAAACUUUGGCAAAAGAGUUGGUGAUGACAUCAGAUCAAGCAUCUAUGAAGAAUCAGUGGCUACCUAAAGGAUUUGUUUACGUUCCAAUUCGAUCCCUUCCCAAGGACAAGGAGACAACUCCAGAUUCGAGUUCGCAGGAACCAGCAGAACAAAAUGGAUAUCUUGAUUCUUUGGAAUCUUAG